GCCGCGGCUGGAGGCACGCAGCCUGGCUCCUGCUCCGGCUUCGGCUUCGGCUUCGGCUUCGGCUCCGGCUCCGGCCCCGGCCCCGGAGGAUGCGGCGUGCCCAGGAUGCUGCCGCGCCUGGUAGUGCUGCUGGCGGUGCUCCUCAGCCUGCGCCUCGGCUCCUGCGCGCGCGGGACAGAUCUGCCCAGCCCUCCAUCUGUGUGGUUUGAAGCAGAAUUUUUCUCCCAUGUCCUCCACUGGACUCCCAUCCCGAAACCGUCAAACAGCACCUACUAUGAAGUAGAGCUUCUGAGGUAUGGGCUAGAACCCUGGAAGUCCAUCCCCAGCUGCAGCCAGACCCAGGUGUCGUUCUGUGAUCUCACUGUGGUGACCCUGGACCUGUACCACAACAAUGGCUACCGAGCCAAGGUCCGCACGGUGGAUGGAAACCAGUACUCCAACUGGACCUUCACCAACACCCGCUUCUCCGUGGAUGAAGUGACUCUGACGAUUGGCAGCGUGAAGCUAGAGGUGCACAAGGGCAUCAUCCUCGGGAAGAUCCAGCCCCCCAGGCCCAAGCUAGCCCCUGCGGGCGACACUUACGAAAGCGUCUUCCAACACUUCCGCGAGUAUGAGAUUCAGAUUCGCAAGGUGCCGGGGAACUACACGUUCACAAAGGAGAAGGUGAAGCAUGAAAACUUCAUCCUCUCACCCCCUGGAGAUCUGGGAGAGUUCUGUGUCAAGGUGAAGCCAUCUGUGAGCUCCCGCCUGAACAAGGGGGUAUGGUCCAAGGAGGAGUGCGUCGUGCUCACCCAGCAGUAUUUCACCACGACCAACCUCAGCAUCUUCUUCACCUUCGUCCUGCUUCUGUGCGGAGCCCUGGCCUACUGCCUGGCCCUCCAUCUGUACGUGCGGCGCCGGAGGAAGCUGCCCACCGUCCUGGUCUUCAAGAAGCCCCAGGCCUCCAGCUUUGUCAGCCGGCUUCCCUGCCCCGAGCCCCAGGACACCAUCCAUCCCCUGGACGAGGAGGCCUGCCCCAAAGUGUCCCCAGAGCUGAAGAACUCGGAACUGCACGGCAGCACGGACAGUGGCUUUGGCAGUGCCAAGCCAUCCCUGCAGAAUGAAGAGCCCCAGUUCCUCCUCCCUGCCCCCCACCCCCAGGCUGGCGGCACCGCGGGCAAGGGGGCGCUCCCGGAGCUGGAGGGCGGCGGCAGCAGCAGCACGGACAGCGGGAUCUGCCUGCAGGAGCCCGGCCUGAGUCCCGGCACUGGCCCCAGCUGGGAGCAGCGGGUGGGGGACAGCAGCCCGGGCCAGGAUGACAGUGGCAUUGGCCUAGUCCAGAACUCUGAGGGGCAGCCUGGGGACGGGCAGAGUGGCUCCGCCUUGGGCCCUGCCAAUGCCCCCGGGCCUGAGGGGCCUGGGGAAGAAGACCCAGCCUCAGUGGCAUUCCGGGGCUACCUGAAGCAGACCAGAUGCACAGAGGAGAAAGCAGCCAAGACAGGCUGCCUGGAGGAAGAGUCCUCUUUGACAGCCAGCCUUGGCCCCAGGUUCAGGACGUGCCUGGAUGCUGAGGCAGGCUGGUCUCCACCAGUGCUGGCCAAGGGCUAUUUGAAACAGGACCCGGGAAUGACUGUCACUACCUCGGGGACCUCAACUGGACAGUGGGACCAGCCGACGGAGGAAUGGUCACUCCUGGGCUUGACCAGCUGUGCUGACCUAGGAGCAUCUGACUGGAGCUUGGCCCAUGAUCUUGCCCCUGUGGACUGUGUGGCAGCCCCAGGCGGUCUCCUGGGCAGUUUCGACUCAAACCUGGUCACCCUGCCACUGAUCUCCAGCCUCCACUCCAAUGAGUGACUCAGGCUAAGGGGCUGCUUUUGAUUUCAGCCACGAGGGCCCCCCGGGGUCAGAAGUGACGCACGAGGCCAGUGUGAGCCCUCAUCGGCAGGCCCAGCAGGGCUGCCCAAGGGGCCCGGGGCAGAGAGAGACUCUCUUGCUGAACUACCACAGGCUGUAUGGGUGGCGUCGGCCUGGGCUGCAGGAGGGCUCCAAAGACUCAGGCAGAGCCACGCAGGGCCGGGCGGAGGUCUCCUCCCUCCUCCGGGCUCUUCCUGUACUGUAACAGAUUAUUUGCUCAGGGGAAUCACUGGUUUUCUGGAAGUGUGGGGAGGCCCAAGCUGCAGUCAGUAAGGACCCAGGCCUCCCCCCUAGACCCGCCAAGUGCCAGCGCCUCCAGCCGGAUGGAGGGCUGGGCGGGGCAGUUUCCCUGAAGGGGCCAUUUCUAGGAGGACAAAGGAGGGAGCAGAGACCAAGUCUGAUCUCUGGCAUGGUCAGAGCUGGUCAGCCUGGGAUGGUCAUAGGAAGAAGCUUCCCGGCUGGCAGUCCUCCCAGGCAGGGAGCUUGUCACGGAAGAUCUUACAAUGUAUCUGUCCUGGUCAGUCAGUCUACCACCAUGGUUAUAGAGCCACCAGGGGAUGAAGCCCCUGUGGCCGAGCCACUCACUACCUCCACCCUGUUGCCCCCACCAUCUUGCUGAUGGUAGCAGAGAAACCACGGUUCUUUGUAUUGGGCAAAAUUCAACACUUCAGGUGGUCUCUGGGCUUGGGCACCAGCUCGCCCACCCCAGACGGUCAGGGUUGGGACCUACACUGUUUACUGCUAGCGUCCAGCUACAGACCCACGGGACACGGCACUGGGCUCCGACCCAUGCUGUGUCCAGCUGUGUGAGCUUGGGCCAAGCCACUUCUCAGAGACCCUGUUAUCCUCUGACAGCAUAUGUGGAAUAAUGACUCAGUCUCCAGGGGGCCCUCCAUGCUGGAUGGUAACCAAGCGGGCAUCAGGGGUGGCAUCCCCAGCCUGGUGUGGCCCUGGGCUGGGAGGAAGUUGCCUGCAGAACCUGUAUCUGCACAGAGCCAACUUCUUUCGCAUGCUGGGGAUUAACAGACUUAGCAGAAGUCCAUGGUGUCAUGCGAAGAGGACUACCCGACCCUGGGCCCAGGAAGGGGACAAGUAUAGGCCCUGCCUCCCCAUAGUCCAUUUGGAUUCUAUCUUCAAAGCGAGUUUACAGUCCAAGGGCAAGGAAGCUGGGGGGGGAGUGACAGGCCUGGGGUCUGCCCGCCCCCCCCCUUCCAGGUCACCACUCGGCCCUGCAUUUUUCUGUGGCAUUCUGAGAAGAGACACUCCAGCUCAGGAAAUCCACCCAGAACCACCCCAACUCCCCCACCACAUCCUACCCAGAAGCUCUGAUGUGCCAGUCUGCUAACUGAACUCCCUCUCAAAACUUGGGCUUGUGGGAAGAUUCCUCAGGGUUCCCUUGGAAGGUUUAUUUAUUUAUUUUGUUCACUUAUUUAUUGAAGAAGCAGCAUGGUACAGUGCAAGGAUUCUGGGUGUUUCAAGAACCUGGAGGUUCUCGUUCUGACUCCACUGUUUCUUGCAUCUCCUCAUCUGUAAACUGAAGGGUCUCGGUUUCUUCGUCUGUCAAACAAGAAAGCCACACCUGCCGUGUUCAAUGGACAGGGGUGUGAGGCUCCGAGGCGGUGGGUCUGAAUGUGCCUUGCACGCAAGGCUCUCUAAAUCAGAGACGCAUGUUUUUUAUUUCAAUAAAUUGUCAGGACCUCAGGAAUCA